AUGGCAGGAAAGUUUUACGCAAUUUCCCCUUUCAAAGGGAAAAAUGGAGAGGAAGUGUGUCAUAAAUGUGCACCUGUUGAGUGUUUUAACGAAGAAAAACCUAGUUUACCGAAAAAAGAAUCUAAGAAAGUUGAGAGUUACAACUAUUAUUGCGAAAGUUGCGGAAAGUUUACGAAAAUUAAAUUUGGUAACACUAAAAAUGAAAAAACAUUUUGUAGUAGAGAUUGCUACGUGGCCGCUGGAAACGAAAUACAAAAAGGCAAAUGCCGAAUUGCAGGUUGUUCUCAAAAGGCUUAUUACGAGUGCAUGGACUUGUGCCUACCCCAUUCUAAGCCAUGUCGAGGAGGUAAAAUAAGGUCUAAUGGAAAGAUAUGUAAUGCAGCAAUGGGAACUGAUGAAGGAGACAUUUGCAAGUUCUGUCAAAAUCAACAAAAUGAUAAUUCAGUAAAAGUAAAUCCUGGUAAUUCUCCGAAAACCAAUCCAGGAAAAGAUUAUCCGUCCGAAGUAAAAAAUAAUGUUAAAAGUAUUAAGUUGAUAAAAGACGAGAAUGAUAACCAAAAAAUUCCUGCUAAUCCGGCUCCGGAACAAUCACCUGAAAAUAACCAUGAAACUUUAAUUAUAAGCCUUCAGAACAUUAAGAAUAUAUUCAUAACUUCUAAUGACUGCUUGGUUAUUGAAUUUAAUAAUUCAGCAAAUAUACAAACUAUAAACUCAGAGGAA